CUCUUCCUUUUGGUUUCUAACUUAUCAACACAAAGACACACAAUUUAUUGAAAAUUUCACAGGAUAUAAUCACUUUUUCAGUUUUCCCUUGUUUGCCUAAAACAAGAAAUGAACAUCUAGGAUGACAAGGAGGCGAGUAAAUUAUUAAAAUGUCUGUUCUGGGAGUGAACUAAUCCAUUAAACUGUUCAGGCGGUGUUUAUGAAGUAGCCUACUUUUUGACAGGGGAAAAAAGUUAUUAUCUUGCAGGUUUUUCUCUCCCUUUUGCUCCCUAAGUUAUCUUAUUUACACAAAGAAACACAUGUUUAAAAUCUCACCGCAAUAUAAUCGCCUUUUCCCGUUAUCAUCUUGUUUUUCGACGGUUGAAUCUCAAUCUCUUCUCCCCUCAGACAGUUUGGCGCGCGGGAAAUCUGUUCCCUCCUCCAGCAGAGCGCGCGUCUUCCCACCGCGCGGCCCCGCCCCCCUCCGCGCUACAUCAGCUGACCCAAAAUUUUCUCACCCGAUCAGAAGACACUGGUCGGCUUAUGCUGGACUGCUCCAUCCUCCAGCUGCGGGGGGUCUCGGAUGUAAACCGGCGCAUCUUUUAAGACUUUCAGGACUGAGGCUUGCUGCAGUAUGUCGGACCUUGAGUUCGUAAAUGUGUGCGUAAUGAAGAUUCUUGCUGCUGUCCUCUGCCUCCCGCUGACGGUGCUUGGAAUUGCAGUGUCCAGCAGGGAGUUGCAGUGCUCCGUGUCUCCAGUGGCGGCGCUGCACCCUGUUCAGGCCCAGCUCGAGCGCUUUGAGGCGGGAACAGGUUGUGCAUCCAGAGAGGGCGGAGCUAAAGAGACACAUGUUAUCUCAGUGGGCGGAGCCUCCAGCAGACAGGUGACAGUGGUGUUGAGACCCCUGAAUCCCUCUCGACCAAUCAAACGACCCGUCAUUCUAGUGCUCAGCUCUCAGCAGGCCGUGCGUUGGGUUUUGGAAAAUGAGGGACUGUCAAGCAACAUCAAUGUGCUGGUGCAGUUGUCUGUGAACUCCACGGCAGAGUCUUCGAGUCUGUCUGUCCGCGUAACGCAGGUCCCAUCUCUGCCGCGGCGGCCUCGAGUGCUGCUGCGCUGGGUUCUGCAGCGCCACGCCACCGUCACCUCCCUCACACACACCACACACUCCAACCGGAUUUACUUGCGCCUGGGAGAGGAUCCCAGCAUGCCGAGCGAGUGUCGUCUGCGCUCUUUGUUUGUGUCCCAGAACUAUCAGGCCUCAGAGCUGCAGGAUCAGGAGGUCCACGGCUGCACACCGACAGACGAGCCUACAGAUAGUGAGGUGCACAUCAUCCGACUCUGGUCGUCCGGCUCCAGCCUGUGCGGCUCUCUGCAGGUGGAGGUGUCUGUCUCUCUGCUGCCCCCAGUGGCUUCUUCUGCUCUACACAGGGUUGUUCUGAUCCUCAGCAGUGCAACAGCAGUAAACUGGGCUUUAGUUGCACCACAGGUCAAAGGUCACGUCAUGGUCUAUUCGUCCCACAGUGUUAGUCUGCCAUACAGAAGUCCAGCGUCUGACCUCACCAUGACCAGCACUGUGACCUCUGAUCUCCUCAACACCCCUGACCUUCUGGAAUGGGCCAAUCAGAACGGCUUUUCCAAAGUGACCUCAUACACUGAAGCCGAUCUGGCCAAUCGCUUCGUCAUCAAGUUAGGGGCAGGAAAAGACUCUGAUGAUGCGUCUUCAGUCUGGCAUCAUCACGAUGACAUCACGAUUGACAGUGCUGAUGCGCUCAGCUAUCAGUGUGAAGGCGGAGCUCUGACUGUUACCGUGGAUAUGCAGAUGCUAAAGACACAGGUUUGGCCAGUGACGGCGGUGACCCUGCAAGAUCCAGAGUGUAAAGCUGAAUUUAACGGAAGUCAUUUCCUGUUGGUUUCCCCCAUCAUUUCCUGUGGUACCGAGGGAGAAAUGGAUGAAGCCAGUGGAAGGGUUCAUUACACAAACACAGUGUUGCUGUGGAAACAGAAACCGUCCGAGGGUUUGACCAAUCAGACGAGCCCAGAGCUGUGGGACGAGUCUAAUCCUCUGGCUGUUCAUCUCAGCUGUGUGUGGUCUCUGCCUGCUCCUUUGUCUCCAUCAGUGGUGUCUCCAUCUCUUGGUGUGGCUCCAGCUCUGGCUCCCAGUACUCCUCCCGCUCCUCCUCAUGCUCCUCCUCUGUGGGGCCCUGGGGCCGACACCACCGCUGCGUCUCCACUGCUGUCCAUGGAGCUGUUUGUCAGCGAGGCGUUCCAGCAGAGAACCGUCGGGCCCUGCGUCAUCAGUGCCCACGAGCGAGUCUACGUGCAGAUCUCAGUGGACUCUUCUUCUGCGCUGGAGGCCGUGGAGCUCCAGUCGUGUUUGGUUUCUCCUCUCUCAGAUCCGCAGGCUCACAGCGGCUGGCCCGUCAUUAAAGACUCCUGCCCGUCCGACAGCUCCUUCAGCCUGUCCCUCAGAGAAAGCACAGAUGAUGAUGGAGGAGCGGAUGAUGAAGAGCAGAACAGAAGAAAAUCUCAUCCGUUCUCUCGCUGGAGACACACCGAGAGUCGCAUCGCAGACGAUACCGCCAGAGGCUUUAAACACAACGCAGACGAUAUCGCCAGACGCUUUAAACACAAGAGACCGAGAGCGAGGAAAGCUGAGCGGAGGAGACGAAACGAUGAUGAAGACCGGAGUUUAAACACACUGCGCUUCAGCUUCGUCCUGCGGCCCGUCUUUAAUAACUCCAUUCAGUUCCUGCACUGCCGGCUGCGUGUGUGUGAUGCGGACGAGGGGCCGUCAGGGGCCGCAAAACACACCUGUGCUGACGGACAUCCAAUACCUGCUCUCACACACAUACGGGCUUCACAAAAGUGUAAGGACAGAAAUCUGUCUCGGCCCGUGUUGGUCACAUAUCCUGCUGGCUUUCUGGCGCCCCCUGCUGGUAAACUUGCUCAAACGCCUGCUGAGAUGUCGGGACAGGCUCCAUCGGCCACCGGCGCAGUGGAAGGCUCUGUGCUGCUAGUGGUGUUCGCUGCGUUUCUGAUGGGGUUGUCUCUGAUGGGGGCGCUGUGGUGCAUCUAUACACACACCGGGAGGCAUGAUUUGACCCAGAGAAUCAGUGUUAUAGAGACCACUGUACCGAACCCCGGCUUCAUAAACCCGCCAAUACUAAUGGAGGAAACCAGCAGUUUCCAUGAUGUCAACGACACACACAACAACUUUUAGGAAAUGAGCAAAAGCAAACAUGUUUGAUGUGAUUUGUGCAUUCUGUAAUCAGUAUCUGUAAGUGAGCAGUUUCCUGUAUUUUGUGAUCGAUGUUUUUGUUUUUCCUCUUUUAUUCCUGCUUUUGAUUUGCAUUAUGGGAUCUUGAUCUUUCUUCUUUCAACUCUUAACCUUGAAAAGUGUGAAAAGGUGUAUUUUUUGAGCACGUGUAAUAGUCUGCAGUGCUCUAUUGUCUGGGUUGGUGUUGCAGGCCCGGAUUGGCUAAUCGGGAGGACCGGGAGAAUUCCCGGUGGGCCGGUCUGUUUUUUGG